AUUAGAAAAAGAUGAUGCUGUUAAUAAUGAAUUAUUGCUUCAUGAAACAUCAAAUGAAGAGAAUGAUGAAGGUGAUGGUAAUGAUGAGUAUGAAGUAAAUGAAAAUGAUAAAAAAUCAUUAGAUUUUAGAAAUACCUUAGAAUCAAUAAAAACUUGGUGA